AUGCAUAGUGGGAAUUGCCUCUACGGGAAAUCAGGCUGCUUUAAGUGCGGGAAACCUGGACAUAUCGCGAGAGACUGUAGGACUCCUGCCAACAACCAAGCCAAUCAGAACCGCUCAGAGGGACAGAGAACCACGGCACCUGCUCGGGUAUAUGCUUUGACACCAAGCGAUGCAGCGGCGUCAAAGGACGUAGUAACAGGUACUCUUCCUAUUUCGUCUGGUAUAGCUUCUGUUCUUUUUGAUUCAGGGGCAACACACUCGUUUGUGUCGUAUUUCUUUGUUAAAGCCUGUUGUCUGGAGUCUGAAGCCUUAGAUGUAAAUUUAGCAGUUGCUACACCGAUAGGGAGUAUAAUUUUAUGCACCUUAGUAGUUAAGAAUUGUCCUAUUUUAGUUGAAGGCCAUGUCAUGCCCGCGAAUCUCGUUAUCUUUGAGAUGAGCGGGUUUGAUAUUAUUUUAGGCAUGGAUUGGCUAUCCAUGUAUCAUGCUUACGUGGACUGCUUCCACAAGGAGAUCGUGUUUAGACCACCGGGAGCAGCAGAGUUCAAGAUUCGGGGGAAUCAGAAUACCGGCACAGUCAAAUUGAUAUCUGCACUACGGGCGACCAAAUUACUGAGAAGUGGGUGUUCAGGAUACUUGGCUUGCGUGACAGAAGAAAAAAUCAGGAUACAAGCUUGA